UUGAGGUUAUGCUAAAUUGUCAAACAAACAGCGGCUUCGGGCUUCGUUUGUUUUGAUUGAAAAGUUUUAAGAUUUUUUUAAUUAUCCAUUGAAUAAGGUUCAUAAAUUGAACGAAAAAUGGAUGGUGAUCUGUAUGAUGAAUUUGGAAAUUACAUUGGUCCAGAUUUAGAGUCCGAUUCUGACGAUGAUCAAAGUGUAUAUGGACAAGAUAAUCGUGAUGCCGACGAGGAUGCUAUGGAAGAAGAUGAAGAUGCCGACGCGGAGCCUGAAGCGGCACCGAUGUCUGUUGUAUUACACGAAGACAAACGCUACUAUCCUCAAGCAGUAGAAGUGUACGGACCAGAUGUAGAGACAGUAGUACAGGAGGAGGAUACUCAAGCACUUGAUAAGCCUCUUAUAGAACCUGUUAAGAACAAGAAGUUUCAGCUUCAAGAGCAGCAGCUGCCGCACACUAUUUAUGAUAUGGAGUACCUUGCUGAUAUGCUGGAUAACACUAACUUAAUGAGGAACAUCACACUGAUGGGGCAUUUGCAUAAUGGAAAGACAUCAUUUGUCGACUGCCUAAUGCGUCAGACCCACCCAGACACCAUAAACAAUGAUACAACAAUACCCAUGAGGUACACCGACACACUAUUUGUGGAACAAGAGAGAGGAGUCUCCAUCAAGUCCAUGCCAGUCACUCUCCUCUUGAAGGAUAUAAAAGGGAAAUCGCACCUCUUGAAUAUUAUGGAUACUCCUGGGCAUGUUAAUUUUAGCGAUGAAGUGACUGCUGCUUUGAGGAUUUCCGAUGGUGCAAUCCUAUUUGUGGAUGCUGCAGAGGGUAUAAUGCUGAACACGGAACGUCUUCUACGUCACGCUGUUCAGGAGCGAGUGCCGUUGACACUAUGCAUUAAUAAAAUCGACAGACUGAUACUGGAGUUGAAGCUGCCGCCCGCGGAUGCUUAUUAUAAGCUCAGGCAUAUUAUAGAUGAGCUAAAUUCAGUGUUGGAGACAACACAUCCACAAGAUAAUCCUGAUGAACCUGUGACUAUAUUUUCGCCGUUGUUAGGUAACGUCUGUUUCGCGUCAUCCCUCUACGACGUAUGUUUUACCCUGGAAUCGUUCGCGGCUAUGUACGCCAACACACACGACUGUGGUCUACGCGCCUCCGACAUGGCGGCGUGGCUCUGGGGCGAUGUUUACUUCAACGCUAAGACGAGACGGUUUACAAAGAAACAACCGCAUUCGUCAGCGCAGAGGAGCUUUGUUGAGUUCAUUUUGGAGCCGCUGUAUAAGAUUUUUGCUCAGGUUGUUGGUGAUGUAGAUACUACAUUACCAGAUGUAUUGGCCGAAUUGGGGAUAAAGCUGACAAAGCAAGAAUCCAAGUUAAACGUACGACCCUUAUUGCGGCUUGUUUGUAGCCGCUUCUUUGGCGAUUUUUGUGGGUUCGUAGACAUGGUGACACGUCACGUGCCAUCCCCGUUAGACGCGGCGGCACGCAAAGUGGCGCACUGCUACCGCGGCGCGACCGGCUCGCUGCGGGACGACAUGCUCGCGUGCGACCAGUCGGGCAGACUAGUCGCGCACACCACCAAGAUGUACCCCACCGACGACUGCACCUUCUUCCUGGUUCUAGCGCGUAUAAUGUCGGGCACGCUGUACGCGGGGCAGACUGUACGCGUGCUCGGUGAGAACUACAGUACGCAAGACGAGGAAGAUUCUAGAAUCAUGAAUGUGGGACGAUUAUGGAUUUUCGAGGCUAGAUAUAAGGUGGAACUAAACAGAGUGCCAGCUGGUUGUUGGGCUCUCAUAGAAGGCAUAGACCAGCCGAUAGUCAAGACCUGCACCCUGGUGUCUGCUGAUGAGGAGGAGGAGCUGCACACCUUCAAACCGCUGAGGUUCAACACGCAAGCCAUUGUGAAGAUAGCCGUGGAACCGGUGAAUCCUUCGGAACUGCCCAAAAUGUUAGACGGCUUGAGAAAAGUGAACAAAUCGUACCCAGUGCUAUCCACUCGCGUUGAAGAGAGCGGCGAGCACGUAAUACUUGGUACCGGUGAACUGUACCUCGACUGCGUGAUGCACGAUUUGAGGAAUAUGUACUCGGAGAUUGAUAUUAAAGUCGCAGACCCAGUUGUGUCCUUCUGCGAGACGGUCGUGGAGACAUCAUCGCUCAAGUGCUUCGCGGAGACGCCGAACAAACGCAACAAGCUGACGAUGAUAGCGGAGCCGCUGGAGCGCGGGCUCGCGGAGGACAUCGAGGCGGGCGCCGUGUGCGUCACGUGGGACAGGAAGCGGCUCGGCGAGUUCUUCCAGACCAAAUACGAUUGGGAUCUGUUGGCCGCUCGUUCGAUCUGGGCGUUCGGUCCAGACGCCACAGGACCUAACAUCCUCGUAGAUGACACGCUACCUUCAGAGGUGGAUAAACAUCUGCUUGCAUCUGUGAAAGAUAGUAUCGUGCAAGGUUUUCAAUGGGGUACAAGAGAAGGUCCACUAUGUGAAGAGCCAAUCCGUAAUGUGAAAUUCAAGAUUUUAGAUGCAGUUAUAGCCAAUGAGCCGCUACAUAGAGGCGGUGGGCAAAUCAUACCCACUGCUAGGCGGGUGGCAUAUUCAGCAUUCCUCAUGGCGACUCCACGUCUGAUGGAGCCCUAUCUGUUCGUGGAAGUUCAAGCGCCCGCUGAUUGUGUCUCCGCCGUGUACACUGUGCUGGCUAAGCGGAGAGGCCACGUGACGCAAGACGCACCGGUGCCCGGUUCCCCCCUGUACACGAUAAAGGCGUUCGUGCCCGCGAUAGACUCGUUCGGCUUCGAGACGGACCUGCGCACGCACACGCAGGGCCAGGCGUUCUGUUUGCAGGUGUUCCACCACUGGCAAAUUGUGCCCGGUGACCCGUUGGACAAGAGCAUCACUAUACGGCCGUUAGAACCGCAGCCGGCGACGCACUUAGCUCGCGAGUUCAUGAUAAAGACGCGGCGACGCAAGGGUCUCAGUGAGGACGUGUCUAUCAAUAAGUUCUUCGACGACCCUAUGUUGUUGGAGCUCGCGAGACAGGAUGUACAGUUUAAUUAAAUGAUGAGAAUUUCA